AUGUCAGCUCAUCAAGUGAACGGUAAUGCUACCAAAGAUUGGCCUUUCCCCAAUCCACCGGUAGUAAGAGAAGAAUACCUUCCCAAACUAGCAAUCAAACCAUGGUUAUCCGCCCACACCCCUCAAAGAGUCCUCAAGAACUGUAAAGUCGUCGAUCCCGCUUCGGGGAAACUACUGGAUGGUUUGAAAUCCAUUACGAUAGCAGAGGGGAAGAUCGUAUCGGUCGAAGAUACUAAAGAGCAGGACGAGGGUGUAGAUGUACAAGGUGCAUAUGUUUGUCCCGGUUUGAUCGAUUGUCAUGUUCAUAUCACUGCUACGCCCGGUGUGAAGACGAUGUUGGAGUUGGUCAAAUUACCUGAUCAGCUGACUAGUCUGAGAUCGACAUUUGUACUCAAGGAAAUGCUUGCUAGAGGAUUCACCACCGUCAGAGAUACCGGCGGAGCGACUAAGAUCAUCGCCAAUGCCCUUGAAGAAGGUCUGUUAGAGGGACCAAGGUUGUUCCAAUGUGGUAAAGCCCUAUCUCAAACGGGUGGACACGCAGAUUUCCAAUCUGCUGUAUCGGGUGGAAACCAGACUGGAUGCUGCGGAGGUCAUUCUGAAUCGCUCGGUAGAGUUUGUGAUGGUGUACCCCAGGUGUUGAAGGCUGUAAGGGAAGAGUUGAAAGCUGGAGCCGAUUUCAUCAAAAUCAUGAUGGGUGGUGGGGUGUCGAGUGAAGCCGAUCCAAUUGAUAUGAUCCAAUUCACAGAAGAGGAGGUUCAGGCUAUUACCAAAACUUGUGAUCGAAUGGGUAAUAAGAUAAGUACUGCACACGCAUAUACACCAGGAGCUAUCAGACAUGCGGUAGAGAACGGUGUCAAAGCUAUUGAACAUGGUAACUUCAUCGAUGAACCUACAGCCAAUAUGAUGGCAGAAAAAGGUAUUUUCCUGAUUCCGACUCUAGCAUGUUAUGGAAUAAUGGCUCGAAAACCAUUCGAAGAUUUUUUAUCUGAAGUAGGUAGACCCAAGAAUUUAGAAGUUAUGAAUAAAGGUUUGGAAGCUCUGAAAAUCGCUGAGAAAGCUGGAGUGACCGUUUGCUACGGUACUGAUCUUCUAGUAUCGAUGCACGCUCUUCAAACUGAGGAAUUCACCGUGCGAUCUCAAGUACUCGAUUCGCCGACUAUUUUGAAACAGGCAACUACCAAUGCCGCCAAGUUACUUAAACACGAAGGUAAACUCGGUGUGAUCGCCCCAGGUGCAUAUGGUGAUAUAAUCGUGCUUCGAUCCAACCCAUUGGAAGAUAUCACUGUCCUUGAUCGACCUGAAGAUAACUUGUUGGCUGUCAUCAAGGAAGGUAGAACUUCCAUGUCACACAUCAAAGGUCUUUAG